AUGUCGACGCGCCUGAACAACCUGCUGCAGCACAUCGCUGUGAGGGAGAGCGACAGCGACACGAUGCGCCACGUGAAGCAGCGCAUGGCGAUGGCGUCCCUCGCGAGCCAGUUCACGGUGGGCAAGCACCACCUCAAGCAGCUGAUGCUGUACAUGAUCCACGAGAUGAUCGAGGGGCUUGAGGGCCGCGAGAGCACCCUGCGAAUGCUGCCUUCGUACGUGUACAAGGCGGACCCCAGCAAGGCGACAGGCGCCUUCUACGCGUUGGACCUCGGGGGAACGAACUUCCGCGUGCUGCGCGUGUCGUGCAAGGAUGGCCGGGUGGUGAGCCGCACAGACUCCAAGUUCGUGAUCCCGCAGCAGGCGCUGCAGGGGGACGCGACAGACCUCUUCGACUUCGUC